GUUUCAUUUUGUUGGAUAGUGACACACCGCUCGAUAAUGGGAGAAAGAAAGGCUGUCAAUAAGUAUUACCCUCCGGAUUGGACCCCAGAACAGGGCUCACUUGACAGAUAUCAUGGACAACACCCGUUACGUGAACGAGCUCGAAAGCUUGGCCAAGGAAUUCUCAUUAUUAGAUUUGAGAUGCCCUAUAACAUAUGGUGUGGAGGAUGUGGAAAUCAUAUUGGAAUGGGUGUACGGUACAAUGCAGAAAAGAAAAAAGUUGGUAACUACUACACCACACCCAUUUACAGAUUCCGGAUGAAAUGUCACCUUUGUGAUAAUCACUUUGAAAUAGAAACUGAUCCAAAGAACUGUGAUUAUGUUAUUGUGAGUGGAGCUAGAAGAAAAGAAGAAAGAUGGGAACCAUCAGCAACAGAAACUGUUGAACUAACAGACAAGGAGGAUGUCAAGAAAAUGGCAAUUGAUGCAAUGUUUAAAUUGGAACAUGGUGUUCAAGAUCAAGAGAAGUCCAAGAAAGCUUUACCUACUUUAGCACAGCUUAAGGAAGUUCAGUCUGUAUGGGAUGAUGAUUACGCAGCUAAUCAGCUUCUUAGAAAGAAAUUUCGCGAGCAGAAACAGGAUUUGAAUGCUCAAGCCAUGAAAGACAACGAGUUGAAAGACAGGGGAGCGCUGGACGUAAGUCUUGUGCCAGAAAGAGAGGAAGACAUCGAACUCGCGAAUAGGAUAAGAUAUCAUGGAAAAGGUUUUGACGGGCAUCGCCGUAAGCGUCGGUCUGAAAUCAACGACAGGCCAUUGUUUGAUACAAAGGGAAAAUCCGAGGAAAAAAGACAAAAAAUCAAGCAACUUCUCGGAAAACGGAGACAAAUCAAGGUCAAUUCUUUUUCAACACCUGCCAAGUCGAAGAAUGAACUUACCAUCCAGGGAUCGUUUGGUAUUAAAGUUCGAAGGACAAAGCUCAAUAAUAGCGAGAGCGCAGACAAUAGUACUUAUAAGGACCCUUCAGUUGAAGACCUUUCAAAUGGUCCCAUCGUGAAUCAAACAGUGAUUUCUUCUGAACUAGAUUCGCAGAGAAACAUUGAGAUAACUGGAAAUACAUCAUCUGAAACGGAAGUUCGUGCGGCUAGGUCCCCGGAUGCGACGUCUCAAAGCGUCAAACAAACACAGAAUUGCCUCGCAAACCAAUUAAAACAGGAGGAAAACUACAAUACCCCGGAUGGAAGCUCUGAAGACUCAGAGCUGGAUAGAAAAUCUUAUAUUAGUUCUUUGGUGUGCUGCGAUUACGCCGACUCUAGUGACGCUUCAGAUGAUCAUACAUAACACGCUCAGGAAAUAUUUCAUUUAAGAUACACGAGUGACGUAUUGUCACGAAAAAUUCCUGUUUCGCCUUGCGGAUCAUUUUGCUCUUGACCGUGUAUUCAACUUCUAUUAAAAACUCGCGAGCCUCUCGGCCCUACUUGGGAAUGAGUUCCAGAUUUACCACUGCGUUGCAAACUCCAAUUCGUUUUCGACACUACGUAUCUCACGGUUUAAAAAUAGCAGGCGAGGGGCAAAUGCGUCCUAAUGUAUGCGGCACAUCUGAUCAAAUAAAAACUCUAAUCAAAGUAGAAAGUCAUACAAGUGGGUACGGUGGGUGUCUUGCAUUUUUAUCGCCUUCAUUAAUGGUUUUGUUUUGCCGUGACAUGUUUUUUUCAAUCUGUUAGCUAUAAAUGACUAUGUGUGUGUUUGUUGUGUGGUUUUCAGCGAUAGUUGAAGAUUAUUUGUAGAAGGAAGCUGGUGUCGUUUCGCGAGACUUUAUUUGCAGUUUCGAUGCUGUAUACCAAUACUCCUUACAUUGCUUACGUUGAAUUAGCUAAUCAAAAUUCCGGUCAGUUCUGAAACUUGAUAUUUUUAAUCUAUAUAUGAGACGAUGAUUGCUAGUGAAAUU